GUGAGGGCAGAGUGAGGCAGAGGAGGAGGAGGGAUCAGGAAUGGGGCAGCCAGGGUCAUCUGGAGUUGCUAUGGCAGAGGGUCCGCCGAGGAACGCCAUGGGGUCAAAUGGCGCUGGGCCCGGCCAGCCUCACCUGUCCUGCCCCCCUCUCCGCAGCCCCAGCCCCGGCACCCGACAUGAGCCGGUGCGGGCCCCUCAACCUGAGCCUGGCGGGAGAGGCCACCACGUGUGCGACGCCCGCGGCCCCCAACGCGUCGGCCGGGCAGCCGGCGGGCUUGGCGGGCGCGUCGCCGGCGCUGCCCAUCUUCUCCAUGACGCUGGGCGCCGUGUCCAAUGUGCUGGCGCUGGCGCUGCUGGCGCAGGCCUCGGGCCGCCUGCGGCGCCGCCGCUCGGCCGCCACCUUCCUGCUGUUCGUCGCCAGCCUGAUGGCCACCGACCUGGCGGGCCACGUGAUCCCGGGCGCGCUGGUGCUGCGUCUGUACACGGCGGGCCGCGCGCCGGCGGGCGGCGCCUGCCACUUCCUGGGCGGCUGCAUGGUCUUCUUUGGCCUGUGCCCGCUGCUGCUGGGCUGCGGCAUGGCCGUGGAGCGCUGCGUGGGCGUCACGCGGCCGCUGCUGCACGCGGCGCGCGUCUCGGCGGCGCGCGCGCGCCUGGCGCUGGCGGGGCUGGCGGCCCUGGCCCUGGCCGUGGCGCUGCUGCCGCUGGCGCGCGUGGGCCGCUACGAGCUGCAGUACCCGGGCACGUGGUGCUUCAUCGGCCUGGGCCCGGCGGGCGGCUGGCGCCAGGCGCUGCUCGCCGGCCUCUUCGCCGGCCUCGGCCUGGCCGCGCUGCUCUCCGCGCUCGUGUGCAACACGCUCAGCGGCCUGGCCCUGCUCCGCGCCCGCUGGCGCCGCCGCUCUCGACGGCGCCCCCCGGCCUCCGGCUCAGACGGCCGCCGUCCCUGGGGGGCGCGCGGACCCCGCUCGGCCUCCGCCUCGUCUGCCUCGUCCGUCGCUUCGGCCUCCGGCGGCUCCCCAGGCCGUGGCUCAGCGCGCAGGGCCCGCGCCCACGACGUGGAGAUGGUGGGCCAGCUCGUGGGCAUCAUGGUGGUGUCGUGUAUCUGCUGGAGCCCGCUGCUGGUGCUGGUGGUGCUGGCUGUUGGGGGCUGGGGCGCCAGCUCCCUGCAGCGGCCCCUGUUUUUGGCCGUGCGCCUCGCCUCGUGGAACCAGAUCCUAGACCCCUGGGUGUACAUCCUGCUGCGCCAGGCCGUGCUGCGCCAGCUGCUUCGCCUCCUGCCCCUGAGGGCUGGCGCCAAGGGCGGCCCCGCGGGGCUGGGUCCAACCCGGAGUGCCUGGGAGGCCAGCUCGCUGCGCAGCUCCCGACACGGUAGUCUCAGCCACUUCUAGCGUGCCCCGAGGCCCAGCGGCUAAGCCAGACCACCCCGGGCCGCGCCCGGGGUGCAGCGCGGAGCCUUCGGGGAGCAAAGCCACUUUGCGGCCCAGCCCGGGCGCUGCGUGCCGUCGGGGCUGCAGCGCGCUGUGGCCGCUCGGGGGCGCGGAGACGCCGGGCGCGAAGCCGGAGCGGCGGGAGCAUGCGCGCAGCGCCGCGGCCGCAGCCCGGGGGCGGGGGCUCUGCCCGAGUGGAGCGAGGGGCUUUGGGGGACGAUCCUGCUCCUGGCGUCGCGGGAACCGACGCCAGCAACCUCUCGCGCACGAUGCCUCCGAGCUCCCCCAACACGGCCGCAAGGCCCUGCCCCAAAUUACAUCCCAUCGCAGCCUCGAGACCCCACAUCCCUCAACGCGGUCUCGGACCCCAUCCCAUCGCGGCCCACCGUCACAGUCCCGAGCCCCCGGUCCCCUGAUCCGCCUCAGCUGACCCCCACCAUAACCCCGGGCAGCUCCCUACCACUCCCCUUGCACCCAGCCACCCAUCCGAU